CCGAGAGACCGCGACAGACCCGACUCCUAAUCAGCGGCUUCCGUGCCAACUAUCUUGUCCCAACGCGACAAGAGUGACCAGAAGAGAAAAAAAGAACUAAAUAAACUCCUCGAUAAAAGGGAACACGGGACGAUCGGGCAACGUCGGCCAGCGAAAGCGAUUCGCCCAGACCAGCCGUCGUCGUGGUCAGAAUCAAGAUGUUGCUGGUGGUCGCAGUCGUGGCGUUAAGCCUAGCCAGCCAGACCGUGGAUGGAACGUCCUUGAUGCAUCGCGGUAGGCCCAGGGGACGCUACGGCAUGCUGGGGCUGCCCAAGUCCCAGUUGCUAUUUGCCAGCAAGGAACCGCAGGAGCUGUGGUUCACCCAAAACCUGUGUCACUUCGAUCCGGCCAACACGGACACUUGGAAGCAGCGGUACUUCGUGAGCGACGAGUUCUACCGCCCAGGCGGACCCGUCUUCCUCUUGCUGGGCGGCGAGGGAGCGGCGUCGGCCCGCUGGCUGUCGGCGCCCACCCACAUCAUGCUGCUCGCCAAACAAUACGGCGCCCUCGUCUUCCAGCUCGAACACCGAUUCUACGGCCGCAGCCUGCCCACCAAGGACAUGUCUGUAGACAACCUGGCCCACCUGACGAGCGAGCAGGCGCUGGCUGAUGCGGCCACCUUCCGCGACGCCAUGGUGCGCAAGCACUCGCUCAAGAAAGACAGCAAGUGGGUCGUCUUCGGCGGCUCGUACUCGGGGUCGCUGGCCGCCUGGUUCAAGCUCAAGUACCCGCACCUGGCCGUCGGGGCCGUCGCGUCCAGUGCCCCCCUAUUUGCAAUCAUUGACUUUAAAGACUACCUGCGCGUGGUCCGGGAUUCUCUGGCUACCACGGGCCCUGAGUGCAACAAGCAGAUCGAGCUGGCCGUCGACCGUCUCACCUACCUGUCCAGCCAACCGGAAAACUGGCCACAGCUCAAGGACCUGUUCAAGUUGUGUACCUACUUCAACGGAUACAACCGCAAUGACGUGGCGAACUUCUUCCAAAGCUUGGCUGGCAAUUUCGAAGGCAUCGUGCAGUACAACAAAGACGCCAGGGAAUUCGAGGGGGGAAACGGAAGCAUCACCAUCGACACGCUCUGCGACAAGAUGACCGACCCGCACGAUCAGCUGAGUCCGCUGGAAAAGUUCGCGGCCGUCAACAGCCUGCUCCUGAAUGCAACGGGUCAAAAAUGCCUGGACUACGAUUACGACACCUUCAUCAACUCUAUGCGCGAGAUCGAAUUCAACAGCACCCAAGGCGCUGGAGGACGUCAGUGGACCUACCAGACCUGCGUGGAGUUCGGGUAUUUCCAGUCUUCGGACCUCCGAAAUCAGCCGUUUGGGUCUCUGUUCCCGGUGGAGUUCUUCGUGCAGCAGUGCAGGGACAUUUUCGGGGCGCACUUCGACGAGGCACUGCUGCAGAGGGCCGUCGAGCGCACGAACACCUUCUACGGAGGCCUGCACCCCGGCGUCCGCAACGUGACCUUCCCCAACGGCUCCAUCGACCCCUGGCACGCCCUCGGCAUCACCAAAGACCUCGCCGAGGACGUCACCUCCAUCUACAUCAAAGGAACAGCUCACUGCGCCGACAUGUACCCACCUUCAGACAAGGACUUGCCGGAACUCACUGAAGCAAGAGAACGCAUCGCACAACUUGUGGGAGAAUGGAUCAGCGCAGCCUAAACACCAGUUCUUCGUUUAACUGCGCAUAAAGCGAGAUUUCAUCGUC